GGCUUGGAAGUAUGACUCCAGCCGGUGUGUCCACACUGACACAGCCACUGGAGAACAUUCUUGCUGGUAUCGGUUGGUCCCUUCCACGCCUUCUAUGCUAAGUAUGCUAAAUGUCACAAAAUGUAGCAGGAAGUUUUUUUUGUUGUUUUGCUAACAAAGCUAGUUUUAACGUGAACAAACAUGGAGCCCUAAAAGUGACUAAGUUGACUUAAAAGCCAGCCAACAUGGAUGCUCAUUCUCCUUAAGAAAAAUGGGAAAAUGGGAGCUAACGAUGAACCCAGUGCAGGAGUGGGGUGAAGAAUUUGAGGAUGGUGCAGUUUACGGGAUCACCCUGCAUCGGGUGCCUGUCCCGUCCUCGCCUGACCCCAGCAAUGCAAAUCCGUCUUGCGCUUUCGUCCAGUACCGAACCAUCAAAGUGCGGCGUCUGAAGGCAGCCAGCCUGCAAAUGCUCGUGAGUCACCUCCUUGACCCCGCCUGUCUGGAGCAGCAGGACUACAGCAGGAUCUUCCUCUCCACAUAUAGAACCUUCACCAGCACGGCAGAGCUUCUGGAGCUCAUCUUUCAUCGAGAUGAUGCAGCAUCAGAAUUGGACAACAACUUAAGUCCUCCAUUGGCUUUUGUCCAGACAUGGUUGGAUGAGUACAGUGAGGACUUCAGGGAUCCUCCACUGCACCCAGGGCUCCGUCUCCUUUUGGAUCACCUCAGGAUCAGCUCUGCUAUUCAUGACCGACUACACUGUCAGCCCAACUUGUGCUCGCUGGCUGAGCAAGCUGAAAACCUGCUGAAGAGGUUCAAGAAAGAAGAAGCAGAGACUAAUGUGAGAGCCGCUCAGGUAGAUGUGGAACAACACAAGCGGCUUUCAAGCAAUGAGGAUUCAGGAUAUGAAAACGCUCAGGAUCAAGGGGACAUUUUGGAAUUCCCGGCUGGAGCCAUCGCAGAAGAAUUCACUGGCAUUGAUUCUGCUUUAUUUGUCAAAGUGGCGCCUUACCAAUGUUUGGGCUGCAUCUGGUCACAAAGAGACAAGAAGGAGAACAUGUCCCCCACCAUCAGGGCCACCGUGGCCCAGUUUAAUGCCAUUACCAACCUGGUUAUUGUGUCGCUGCUCUGCCGUUCUGCCUGUGGUACCUCCAGUCCAACUGCCUGCCGCUUGCCUCCCACCGGUCCACCGUAUCGAGCUCGCAUCAUAGAGAAGUGGAUCGGAGUAGCACAGGAAUGUCGCAAUUUGAAGAACUUCUCCUCACUCAGGGCAAUCCUAUCCGCCCUUCAGUCCAAUGCGGUCUACAGACUGAGAAAGACCUGGGCUGCAGUCAGCAGGGACAACAUGGCUACAUUUGAUAACCUAUGUGAGACCUUCCCUGAUGAAAACUGUCUUCUCACCAACCGAGAACUCCUGAUGGAGAGUACCUCCAGUGGAGUGGUGCCCUACCUGGGUACCUAUUUAACUGUCCUCACCAUGCUGGACACAGCCCUGCCAGACACAGUGGAGGGUGGACUCAUAAACUUUGAGAAGAGAAGGAGGGAGUUUGAGGUUCUGUCGCAAAUCUGUGUGCUGCAGUCAUCCUGUUCCCAGUUCAGCCUGCCUCACCAUCCCAGAAUUGCUGAUUGGAUGCAAGGACAUAAACUAUUAACUGACCAGGAAAGCUAUGAACUGUCAAGACAGUUGGAGCCUCCCGUGGACGUGUGUUCACCAACUCCCUGGAGCCAUCGAACGCUCACCAAGAAACUGUCCUCCAUUUUGACAAUGAGUGAAGGAUCCAAAAAGCCCCCGGCGGACCAGAUUAGUGUUUCAUCUUCCGGAUCCAGUGGAUCAGAGUUGGAAGAUCUGUCCUCCCCAAACGCUGCCUGUUCCAUCCGACUACAGUCGUUCCACAGCUCUUGCAACAACGUAUCAGAGGUCUUUUCUUCUCCGUCCUCCUCCUCGUCUCCCUGCUCUUCGGCAGCCUCCUCUCCGGACUCCCCAACUCCUUCAGGCUCCUCCUCGGAUUCCCUUUGCUCCUCAACCACAUCCUGCGCCACUGCUUCGGCUACGUCCACCCCGCACCACAAACGCUCUGUGUCCAUGACGUCCCUGCCCAUCUACAACCGCCAGGGCGCCGACUCCUGCGUUGUGAGGGUCAGUGUGGACCUGGGCCGCAACAACGGCAACAUGUACAAGAGCAUCCUGUUGACCAGCCAGGACAAAACUGCACACGUGAUUCAGCGGGCAUUGGACAAGCAUCACCUGGAGCACAUGAACUGGCAGGAAUUUACUCUGACACAAGUCAUCUCACAAGAGAGAGAGCUGCACAUACCAGACAAAGCAAACGUCUUCUAUGCCAUGUGCACCACUGCCAACUUUGAUUUUGUCCUGCGUUGGUUCCACAAAGGCCAGAAGAAACCACUGAGAGCCACGUCAAGUCUUGGGCGGUACUCUAAAUAGCACCACUUAACCGUAAAGAAGCCUUUUAUUGUAAUACUACAACCAAACCUCAGCUUUUUUUUACACUCCAUUUGCCAUAGGAUUCAGUUUUCAUCAACAUUUUUUGCCCAAAUUUACAUACAGUAUUGCACGUGCCAAACCACUGCAUUUUUUUAUUGAGUGCGACUGCAAAAUAACCCGCCAUGGGGCCAAAGAAGGUGAGAAACACUAUAGAAUGAUCUUACCAGCGUGUUCCAUCCAUUCAUCAUUUAUAUGUACUAUAUUGUAUUUUUUUUUGUUAAUAUUUUGGGGUUUCUGGAACAGAUUAAUUGAAUUUGCAUGAUUUCCUAUGGGAAAACUUGUCUCGGUUUUUGGUGUUGAAACUUUUGGAACAAAAACCGAGGUACCACUGUGUAUUAUAUUAUGUUCCACCUCAUUUGUAGCGGAAAUGAGAUGUGGUGAAGCUCUUAUGGUAGCAGAAAAGCACUUUAUAGCGGAUGCUGUCAUAUUCUGGUAGGAAUCCCCUUACCUCUAAUGUGAUCUAAUACAAGAAUUAUCCAACAUUUUGCUUUUUUUGUAUACCUAAUCCGUGAUUUUGAACCCAGGGACUGUUGUUAGCAGUUAGUGAUUGGAAUUUAAAUAUAUAUGUGACCUACAAACUGCGUGGAACCAUUAACACCCUGUGGAAAAAAAGGGAAAGGAGGUCAAAGAGCAUGAAGAGCUUAAAAAGAACUCCAGGGAAGUGACACUGUGUUCUAAGCCUUUCGAGGCGCGCCGUGCCAGCUGACAAGUGGGCGGUGGUGUUCUUACCAGGGAGCACCGUGUUCCUUUCACCGCACCUCCUGUUGCUGUGUAACUGGCUCCCAGCCAUGACAGGAAGGUUGGCAUUCCCCAGCCUGGUACCAUGGCAGCAGCAGACACUUCAGUGCACAUAAUGUCACUUAUUGUUAUAUGUAUAUGAAUUGUAUGGCUUUAUUCCCUCCGUGCUUCAUUUGGAUCAUGCUAUUGAUCGCACAUUGUGACAACUUCCUGCUUAUUCUUAAAACUGAAAUAGGGUGCCUAAUUUGAGUGAUGUUUUCUGAUAUUACUGAGAUUAUUUAAUAAUGUAAAAAAUGCUUAACAAAUGUAUUUAAACAAGUGGUUCAGAUAGUUUUAGAUGUUAUAAUUUCAGUGACGUCAGGGUGAUGCUGACGGUAUUUAUCUUGAAAGACGUGGAAGGAAAUGUACUUGCUGCUUGUACAAGACAUAUUGGUACAAAGAGCAAACUAAGAAUUAAAUGUGUAAACAAAAUGCUCUAUUGAAAGAAAUAAACAAAAA